CGCUGACGGGGCCAAACGGCUCCGAUGCAUAUAUAACCCAUUGCUGCGCACGAAAAGUCACUUCGUGCUUUGAGGCACAACAGUCAUUUAUAUAUCACUUCCUCCUUCUGACAAGUUGCGCCCAGCGCCUUGUCGCCCAGCCUCUCCGAUCGGAAGGCCACUACUUCGUCCUCCUUCGUUGAUUGCGUGACCCCGGACUCGGAGCUUUGCAAAGAUGCUGCGCUUCUCGGAGAACCUGCCCCAGGGCACCGAUAAGGAGUUCCUGAUGGGCAGCCGCUUCACCAAGGAGUCGGGCCUGACCCCUAAGGUUAUCUACCGCAACCUGGCCCCUGCUCAGCUUUAUGAGCUGGCCCUUGCCUUCGAGCCCGGCACCCACAUCGCCUCCAGCGGUGCCCUGAUCGCUAUGUCGGGCGAGAAGAUGGGCCGCAGCCCUAAGGACAAGCGUGUGGUGCGCGACCCCGAGACCGAGAAGGACCUGUGGUGGGGCGCCCACUCCCCCAACUACGUGAUGGACGACAGGACUUUCCUGACCAACCGCGAGCGCGCCGUUGACUACCUGAACACCCUGGAGCGUGUGUUCGUCGUUGACGCCUUCGUGAACUGGGACCCCGCCAGCCGCCUCAAGGUCCGUGUCGUGACCAGCCGCGCCUACCACGCGCUGUUCAUGCACAACAUGCUCAUCCGCCCCACCGCGGAGGAGCUCAAGGACUUCGGCGAGCCCGACUUUGUGAUCUACAACGCCGGUGCUUUCCCCGCCAACAAGUACACCAACUACAUGACGAGCCAGACCUCGAUCGACCUGAGCCUGAAGCACAAGGAGAUGGUCAUCCUCGGCACCAUGUACGCUGGCGAGAUGAAGAAGGGUGUCUUCACGCUGAUGCACUACCUGAUGCCCAUGCAGGGCAAGCUGUCGCUGCACUCCGGCUGCAACGUCGGCUCUGCCGGCGAUGUGACCCUGUUCUUCGGCCUGAGCGGCACCGGCAAGACCACCCUGUCGGCUGACCCCAAGCGCCCCCUGAUUGGUGAUGACGAGCACGUGUGGUCCGACACCGGUGUGUUCAACAUCGAGGGCGGCUGCUACGCCAAGUGCAUUGGCCUCAAGGCCGAGACUGAGCCUGAGAUUUGGAACGCCAUCAAGUUCGGCACCGUCCUGGAGAACGUCAUCUACGACCCGCUCACCCGCCAGGUGGACUACGAGUCGGACAAGCUGACUGAGAACACCCGCGCCUCGUACCCCGUGGAGUACAUUAGCAACGCGCACAUUCCCUGCGUGGGCGGCCACCCCAAGAACGUUGUGCUGCUGGCUUGCGAUGCCUUCGGCGUGCUGCCCCCCGUCAGCCGCCUGACCCUGGAGCAGGCCAUGUACCACUUCAUCAGCGGCUACACCGCCAAGGUUGCUGGCACUGAGGUCGGCGUGAAGGAGCCCUCGGCCACCUUCAGCGCCUGCUUCGGCUCUGCUUUCCUGAUGCUCCACCCCUACAAGUACGCCACCAUGCUCGCCGACAAGAUGUCCAAGCACGGCACCACCGCCUGGCUGGUCAACACCGGCUGGACCGGCGGCAAGUACGGCGUGGGCAAGCGCAUCAGCCUCAAGUACACCCGCGCCAUCAUUGACGCCAUCCACAGUGGCGAGCUCGACAAUGCCGAGUACAUCACCACGCCGCUGUUCGGCCUGCAGGUGCCCAAGGCCAUUAGCGGUGUGCCCGCUGAGAUCCUGGCGCCCGAGAACGUGUGGCCUGACAAGAACCAGUUCGCCGCCACCCUCAACCUGCUCGGCCACAUGUUCGUCAAGAACUUCUCGCACUUUGCCGAUGGCGACUCGUUCGUCGGCGCCGAGAUGGCAGCUCGCAUUCUCACCGGCGGCCCCAAGCCGCUGCCGGAGGAGGAGGUGACCAAGGGAGGCUUCGCCGCCCUGUCGGCCGCUGCCCCUGCCGUCCAGGCGUAAAUCUGCUGGCGUUGGCAAUUUGUUUGAGGAGGCGGUUGCUUGCGCGGCCGUUUCCCUCUGGCCGCGGUUGUGUAGCAGCGUUCGCAGCUUAAGGAGGCAGAAUGGUCCUGCAGAGUUGUGCAUUUUUGUGCGUGCUGCGUGGCUAUAGCCGGAUUGAGGUGCGGGUGUUGUUUGCCAUUUGCGGCGGCUUGAGGCUUGUGGGCAUGAGCGCAUGUUAACGUGACGAGUCAACGCCCGAUUGCAUUUUUCUUGGUUGAGCGACGUUGAUCGCCUUCUGAUAGUGACCGAACUAGGCAUCGAUGUCAGGGGCGGAACUGCAAUAGGUCAGGACGAAACGGUAUGAUGGUGCCGCACGUUUGUCGCACAUUCGCUUUAAUAUAAACCGGUUUACAACAAUUCCCGUUGUCUGUAUUGCGUCGCAGGGGGUUGUUCGCCCUUGUUGCGUAUGAGGGCUUGGGAAUCGAGUCAUGUUGUUGGUUUAUUACCAAUCCCUUGCGGCGCCGGUGCUCUGGUGGUUGCUUGCUCCUAUGUUUGCGCCUUGUGCGUGACGGGAGUCUUGGCUGCGGCGUAGCCAAGCCUCGCUGUUCCUUCCUCCGCGCCUCGGCCCGCGCAGUAGCGGGAGGGGGUUUUGCUGGGCUGGGUCAUUGACGGCUUGCGCGCGUGCGUUGGGGCAGAGGCUGGAGGUGUGGGACGAGAGGGGCCUGUACGAGGCAUCAAGUCCCUAGCCGCAACCAGCACUGCCAUUUUGUCAAUCUUGCUGCUUGUAUGCGAUGUGCAGGUGUUGAGCUGUGAAGCUAUUUUCUGGAUAUAUGUUUCAUGUUUAUGUUUUACACUAAAACCCCGGUUCAAUUGAAUCGACACCCGCCUAUCUGGUGGCCUAUUUGUAGGCCGAGCUUGUAACAAAAUACGCAAUAAGCAAUAUGACUGCAGCAGAAAGGUAUUGCAUAGCCUAAGGACUAGCAUAAACAUGAAACAUUCCGAAUACUAAUCUUUGUUAUUAGCUUGUCCACACAGUUAUGAAACCUAUCAUUA